AUUGACACUCAACCCUCUAGCAAACCACAGGCAUUUCCAAGCUAACAUAAUACUAUUGCACAAUAGUGUAUUUGUGCAUGUGUGUGUAGUGCAAACGUGUGUGUGAUGGGGGUGUUGGGAAUGAUGAGUGUCAUGCCCCCCUCCCUCAUAAUAAAACCACCCACCAACAAGCAAAGGAGACAAGGGAUUAGGCUCCAUCUGAAAUAGUGUGUGUGUGUGAGUGUAUUUGUGUCUACGCCUCUAUGUCUGUCUGUGUGCAUUGGUGAAAAGGAAUUCCCUCUUUUGUUCCUGAGAAAGCUAGUGUAUGUUCAGUAUGUGUGUGUGUUUGUGUAUGUGUAAAAGAGGAAGCUGGAGGGUGCUCAUCUACACACAGAGAGAGAGCGUGCAAGAGAGAGAGAGAGAGGGGUUGGCAGGGAUAGAAAAGGAGGGAGAGAGGGAACUGCUCACCAACAGCAAAGAGAUAAUGAGAUAGAAAGAGAGUAUGUGAUAGGAUAGAGAAAGAGUGGAGAUCUACUUAUCAACAAGGCUGAUGUUUGUGAACCUUCUGUAGUCUAACCAGCAAUCACCCUCAGUCCCUUUACAGUAGACUCUUCCACCACCUGAAUAGUUAGCAAGAAGCAUUUAGUCUGCCGACCUGCUUGUACUGAAGAACUUGCGGUACUGCAGCACCAAUCUAAAACAUUUGACUUUUCCGGUUCUGCCCUGACCGGUUUCUUUCACUCCCUCUCUCUCUCUCUCUUUCGCUCUCUCUCACACACACACACACACACACACACACACACACACACACACGUGCGUGCACGCACACACACACACUGCCCCGACAAGUUUCAGAGGGGUGUGUGUGUAGUAGUUCCUUCAUACUGAAUCAGUUCGGACAGCCUGUGUGUGUUAGCAGUCCUCUUUCCUUGAUUUCUCUAGGUAGAAUAUUUGAAUCUUACUUUGACACAGAGAGGAGACCAUUAUUUUGCCGAUUUGAUCCUAAUCCAUCCCCGUUUUGACAAAGCUGAAAGAAUCCCCUUGGUACAAGACUCGCUUGUCAUUGGAAGUUCUGCCUUUACCCACUAGAGUGCUCUUUCAUCAUUCAGUAUAUCUCAGCUACUCCAACUGAAGAGACCAUUUCUUAUUUCCUGGAUAAAGUUUUGGUGCUGCGUUUUCUUUGACGCAGUGGAUGCCACGGCAGGCACAGAUAGACACACAGGAGAAUGUCGGUGAAUCUAAGUAAAAACGGAGCAGCACUCACGGCCGCGUAUAAAGAAGUGGUGGAUGUGAAGUCUGAUACCAACUGGGCUCUGUUCACCUAUGAGGGGAACACCAAUGACAUCCGCCUGGCAGAGAAGGGAGACGGCGGUCUGGAGGAGAUGGUGGAGGAGUUGAGCAGUGGGAAGGUGAUGUAUGCCUUCUGUCGUGUCAAGGACCCCAACUCUGGCCUGUGUAAAUAUGUCCUCAUCAACUGGACAGGUGAAGGGGUAAAGGACUCUCGGAAAGGACAGUGCGCCAACCAUGUCAUUUCCAUGGGUAACUUCCUAAGGGGUGCCCAUGUGACCAUCAAUGCACGGGGAGAGGAUGACGUGGAGCCAGAGAGCAUCAUGGGUAAAGUGGCCAAGGCGUCGGGGGCCAACUUUAACUUUCGCAAAGAGACACAGAAAUACAGCGAUGUACCCAGUGGACCUGUGGGGUCGGUAUACCAGAAGACUAAUGCUGUGGAUGAGAUUCUGCAAACCAAAGAGACACAGAAAUAUGACAUACCCAGAGGGCCUGUGGGGUCGGUGUACCAGAAGACUAAUGCUGUGGAUGAGAUUCUGCAAACCAACAAGGACAACUUCUGGGCCCAAUCUCAGAGAGAUGAGGAGGUGCGUCAGAAGGAGGAGAGCAAGAGAGUGGAGGAGGAGAGGCAAAGGGUGAAAAGAGAGCGAAAAGAGAGGGAUGAAAAGGAGGCUGCAGAGAGAGAAAUGAGGGCAAAGGAGAGAACCUCUCAAAUCGACCAGGCAAAGACUUACCAGAAGCAGCAGGAGUCAGGGUAUAGAGAACAGGAACAACAUCAGCCGGAGCAGCAUGACAGUGAGCGUCAGAACUCUCAGAGGAUAAGACCUGCAUCUGUACAAAAAGCAAACGAGGCAGCACGUCUGAUCUCCCAGAGGUCCUUGAACCCCAGAGAGCUGUUUAAAAAGAGAGAGCAGAGUGCCUCACUGGACAACACGCCCAGCUCCAGACCUGGGAAGCUGCAGAGCCACUUCCUGACUCAGAAGUCCACUGAGAGAGAAACACCCAACGAGCCACGUUCCCCACAAUACCCUGCUUUUCUUCACCCAGAAGCCCCGGCUCCAUUGGUCCCAAAAACACCUGCUCUGCUCUCAGAGCGUAAGGCACAGGCAGCCCCACUCUCACCUGUCCAACCCGCAGAGUCUUCCUUCACUGAAGAGGAGUACUGGUCAGAUGAUUUUGAUGGUGAUACACAGGACACAGCACCAGCACCGGAGGACGAGCCAACAGUUGCCGGCCUGGUUCAGGGUAGAGAGGGGCACAUUGACCUAGAUGAUGUAUACGAGCUCCUGCCAUUGGCAGCAACAAAUGAGGAGGAUAACAUUUAUGAUGAUAUCUACCAGGACACACCCACAGUGCUGGAGCAGAGAGAGGAUGCCAGUGGACAGGAUGUGCGUGCCAGGGCUCUGUAUGACUACCAAGCAACUGACGACUCUGAGAUUACCUUUGAUCCUGAUGACAUCAUCAUAGGGAUAGACAUGGAGGAUGUGGGUUGGUGGAGAGGCUACGGACCGGAUGGACACUACGGAAUGUUCCCUGCUAAUUACGUUGAUCUCCUGUAGUUCCAAAACCCUCCCACAUGCCUGUACAACCAAUUAGAGCAUCAGAUCAUUCUGACUGCGACCAAUGCGAACAAUACAGGGGUAGGAAGGGGGAUGUUUUUCUCUCUGCACAGAUAUUAGGUUUAUAAGUAGAAAGAGAAGAGAAUGGGGGUGCAGGGCUUAUCAGGGAUGUCAGGGAAAGUGACUGUCACUUGAUUACUGUAUUUUAAUGUACAACAGAGCUCAUGUCAGUGUAUUCUAGUCUUUAUGAUUGUCUGGUUUUAGUCAGGUCUCAGACUAGCAGUCUUCUAUGGGAUUAUGGGGAUGUUUGGGGUUUUAUAUGUGUCUUGAAUUUGUCAGACUUUUGCUUUUGAUCCACUUUUCAAUAAAUAAAGAUGAAUGUCCAACUGUU